AUGAUGAAUCUAACGUGCAACUCCACGCUGGAGCAUCUGCGCAUAUCGCCCGGCUCCGAGAUUGCCCUCGUCGGCAACCUAACCUUCCACGACCUCGCGCGCAUCAUCGGCGCCGCCUGCACGCUCAUCUCGGUCGUGCUCAGCCUCUUCCUCAUCUUCAUGCACGCCACGCACUACACCAAGCCGCAGGAGCAAAAGUUCAUCAUCCGCAUCCUCUUCAUGGUCCCCAUCUACGCCAUCUCGUCGUUCCUCCAGAUCCAAUGGUACUGGCACGCCAUCUACUUCCAGGUCAUCUCCGACUGCUACGAAGCCUUUGCCAUUGCGUCCUUCUUCGGCCUCUUCUGCCACUACGUCGCGCCGGACCUGCACACCCAAAAGGACUUCUUCCGCGAAAUGCGCCCCAUCUCGCCCUGGGUCAUGCCCGUCAACUGGUUCGCCAAGUGCUGCGGCGGCGAGCGCGGGCCCUGGCGCACGCCCAAGAGCGGUCUGACCUGGUUCAACAUCAACUGGAUCGGCAUCUACCAAUACUGCUUCAUCCGCGUCGCCAUGACCAUCACGGCCGUCAUCACGCAGUACUUUAAGCGCUACUGCGAGAGCUCCAACUCGCCCGUGUUUGCGCACGUCUGGAUCUCCGUCAUCAAUGCCCUCGCCGUCACCAUUGCCAUGUACUGCCUGAUCCAGUUCUACGUGCAGCUCAAAACGCCCCUCAAGGAGAACCACCUGCUCAUCAAGAUCAUCGCCAUCAAGCUCGUCAUCUUCUUCUCCUUUUGGCAGACGCUCGCCAUCUCCCUCGGCACCUCCACGCUCAACAUUGUCCACGCUAACGAGACCAUUGCCUACCCGGACCUCAAGGUCGGCAUCCCCGCGCUGCUGCUGUGCAUUGAAAUGGCCAUCUUUUCCUUGCUGCACAUCUGGGCUUUCCCAUACAAGCCCUACAAGCCCGAGUCCCCGCGCACCUUCUACCCAAGCCCCGACAUUGCCAACGGCUCCCCGACUGUCGAAAACGUCCGCCUGCCCAAUGCCGGCGGCUUCCUCGGCUUCGCGGCCCUCUUUGACGCCAUGAACAUCUGGGACUUUGUCAAGGCCUUUGGCCGCGGCAUGCGCUGGCUCGUCUGCGGCGUCCGCAAGCGCAAGCAGGACAUCUCCUACCAGCACGCCCACGAGAUGCAGCGCCCCAAGCCCGACAAUGACAGCUCCUACGAGGCCAUGCGUCCCAGCCAGGCCUCAGCAUACAACAACAAUGCUGCCGCACACCAGUCGUCGCCGUACAACAACCAGUACGGCGUCUCCUCGACGCCCACGCCGCCGCCGCACCCUAGCACCGUAGGCAUGGCCGUCUCGGGCGACGAGCGCGUCGGCCUCAUGGCCAACGCACAGCCCAACCCCGAGAUGCGCCAGCACCACCACCAGCCUUCCUACAGCGCACAAUCAUAUCAACAGCAGCAGCAACAACAAAGACCAUAUGACCCGUACCACCCACAAGAAGAGCAUGGUGUAAUUGGCCAGGCCGUGCCAUAUCGCUAG